AUGUCUUUGGAUAAGAGGUCUGACAUAUGUCGCGAUCAUGGCGGAGAGAUCACACAAUUUGUAACCUCUCAUACUCAACGCUCGUUGCGAACUCCUCAGCAUGAGGUUCAUGUUGACACCUGUGACUCAGGACUUCUUGCCAAGUCAGAUGAAGAUGCUCGCCUGAAACGAUAUACGAACGUCGCUGAAAUCGCAGAGUCCUACGACAAUUUUGAGGCCCUUAUUCAUGUGGACGAAGUCAACUGGCUUGAGAUAGUUGAUCACUCUGAUCAAGAGGACGGCAAUGUGUUUACUGACCAUCCCGUCCCAUCUCAGAAGGGAAGCCGAGACAUGCGCGAUAUUCGGCUCAAGCACUUCAAGUUCUCUCUGCUUCAACCGGCCAUUUCUUGCCAUGGCCCGCCCAAGCAGAAGAGCACUUCUUCGUUGCUUAAACAGAUUGAGCUCUUGAAUCAGGUCUCAAUCUCAAUGGCUUCUGUUACAGCGACGCACAGACACGCGCAGCGAACGAGUGACAUCGUGCGCCUCCAGUAUCCUAAUGGCGGCGACUGCGUUGCGCCAGCUCCGCGACAGAAUGUCGACCGCGAAGAUGGCCUCCGGUGGCCAGAUGCUCGGGCAAACUUCUAUUUAAUCAAAUUUGAGCACGAUAGUCUCGUUUACCGGGCAUUGUCUGAUCUUGAAGACCUUGAAAGAUUCCGUCGAGUAUCUCACUGA